ACGGUAUAUUCCCAUCAUCAUACGCGAGUAAUAUCAAUACAGUGCAAUCUUAAUAUAACGAACCUCAAUAUAACGACGUCCUCGAUUUAACAAAUUCUUCGUUAUCCCCUCGAAUUGUCCAUAAGAGUCAAUGUAAAAUGUACAUUUACAUUGCGAAGAUUUCUUGCGCACAACCCCUUUAUAACCAAUUUUCAACUAUCGAAAAAAUGUAAAUACCUCUAAUUAACGAAUUUUGUUAACGCAAAGCCUUUAAUGUUCCCACCAAUAUGACCCGUGUGAAUCAGUCUCGACAGGUUUGAGAAAAAUUGUCUAAUUACUAUCUAAUUGUUUUUUAAUAGAAAAUACAUACAGUAAUUUGAUAAAAAUGUGGUAUCGUUUAUUAAUAGAAGUUGUUCGCUAUAACAAGAUGAGUACGUAAUGUUGAGGUGAAUAAAACUAGUUUUUUUUUACCGCGUUAUUAUAACAAAUAGUAGACAAGUAGUAUAACAAACCUCAGUUUACCCAAUUACUUAAUAUAACGAUUAUUUACUUACUUCCUUCCGAUUUAUUAUAUCGAGGUUGCACUGUAGUGACUAUACUGUUUAUACACUAUACCUACUCGUUCUGUUUAAACAUCGCUCGAUUGAGAUUAGGCAAAGGUAGAUUAUCGAUGUUAACGCUAAUAAAAAUAUUAUGGCAAGAAAAUAAUGUAUAGAGGUAGCUCUCAUAUAAACGUGAACUUAUAACAAGAACCAUAUAACAGUUUAAUUUCGAGACAAAGGUUUUCAGAAAUCUUGCAUACGUUUGUGGAUACCGGAAUGUGCCGUGCCAUUUUUAACGAUGCGGUAGUAGUAGUUUGUGGAUGGACAUAGACAAAAUUCGAUUAGGAUUUUAAUGAUAACCAAUAAUUAAAAAAAAAGUGGGAUAAUAAUUCAAUUUCCUUUUAUAGUACAUUACACUAAACACAAUAUUGCAAAUUAGCCGAGCACAACAAUGGCGCAGAAUUUUAGGUGCGUGAGAGCAGACGUAGACACUAACGCGCAUGCGCACUUGUCAGUACCCAGGGAGGAAAAGUUACACUUUCUUCCCUGUACAGCGGGAGGAAAAGUUAGACUUUCUUUCCUGUACAGCGGGAGGAAAAGCGAACGUUCGGCGUAAGUAGGAGAAAAUAUAUAUUUUAUCGUGUUUUUAAUACCGAUAUCGGAUUAUAAAUAUUUUUGGUAAUUCAUCAUUGUGAAGUUAAAUUUUCGAAUUCUUACUUCGUGGAAUUAAAUUUAAAUAAAAAUAAGUGAAAGUUAAAAGUAGGAUAUUUUGUGAAAUAUACUACAUAUUUGUAGCGGUGCACUUAGAGUGCUCAAAAUUGAAAUUGUCAAUGUUUUUAAGCUAUUCCUUCUAAGUUACGACGAUCUAAUGUCAUUAAAAUCGCCAUAGAAGAACAUAGUGCCGUCUCUAAUUCAUAAUCUGUCAUGUAUAUUUCAUAAUAUUUUAAUAUGUUGCGCAUUUUCAUUUUGCAUGAGUCAUACAUAACUUAGAACUUGUCUAUUGUUCAUACACCUUGAUUAGGUAGUUAAAUAUUUAAUAAAUUAUCAGUUAUAAUAACUAUGGUAUUUGUACAAAAAUUUGCAUGUUAUGUUUUAAUUAUUUACUUAUUUGUUGUAUACAUUUAUUGGAUUAUUCUAUUUGUUUCGAGUAAAUGAUAUUGACAUCAAUGAUUCUUGGUAUUAUUGCACCUGACUCACGGCUGAUAAUAUACUGAUAAGAUAAAUGAAAUGGCAAAUAUAAAGUGGUCUAUUUCGAUAAGUCCUCAGUGUUUUGUGAUAAUUCGCGCAAAAUGAGUCAAUAUUCCGGAGGGCCUCCGCCUUACUACCCACCCCCGCCUGCCCCUCACUGGCCUCACCCCCCUCCACACCCAGGGGCGCAUCCUCCUCCACCGGGACCUUACGUUCCUCCUAAUCCACACCACCCGUACCCUUACUACGUUCCCGGGACUGUUAUGGUCCCAGUACCAGUGCCGAUGCCACCAAUGUCUGGAGCCCCGGAUCAAGGUCAGCCAACGUACAUAACCAAUUACAUUUACCACGGAGAAUCUUCUAAUGUGGAUCAAGUUAGCGUAGUCGACCAUCCUGGAGAGUACGAUUGGGUCGCGACCACCGCCACUACCGCGUCCUCGCUCACUGGUCGCGCCGUUGUUGGUGGACAUGAAGGCUGGGACGGAAGUCCCUUAUGGGUCAUCAGAGCUUGGCACAUGGGGGACAUGAUACCUGGAAAACUGUCCGUGAGGCACAACGCGGCCUCAAUUAUGUACAACGGUAAAGAGAUUCCCGUUCAAAAUAUUGAGGUUCUGUGCGCCAGACCGGAGGACCUGCGGUGGGUGUCAGCGUCUAACGGCAGCGUACCUCCUGGAGCAGUGCUCGGAGGAAGAACGGCGUCAGGAGAGACCUUGUAUGUUGGCAGAGCAAGGUACCAGCUAUCCGUGACCCCCGGUAAAGUGCACCCAAGUCACAAGACGUGUUACAUCGGCUUUGGCGGCACAGAAGUUGCGCUGAAAAUGUAUGACGUUUUGUGCAGAGUCAGUUAAAGCUGUGCUCGACUUAAACAAUGGACUAAAUCUUAGUACGUAUUGCCUUCGAAUUAAGGAUAAUUUUUCCAAACAAAUUUCCAUAAUUUUUCUUUGGAAUUUUUACCUUUUUAAUUUUAUUUCACAAAAACUGUAUCGUAUUUUGAACAAAGGUAUAUAUAAAAUUUAAGAAUUUUCUGGAAUAUAUUAGAUUAAUGAGUUGGCUCUUUGUUCAUUGAAUUGAAAACAAUCUAAUCUGUAAAUGAUAAGUUAUUGAUAACUUAUCAAAUAUUUUAUCAUAUUUUUAAAUAGUCCCCUUUUUCUAUUGAGGUAUUUGGAACAAUUAUUUGAUAUUAGUUAGUCUCUUUUUAGAUAAUAAAACAAA